UGAGAAGUACCUCUUAUCAGCAAGACAACUAGUGAACUAGGGACCUCUUAUCGCCGUUGUCAUCCAAUUCGCCACUGCACAAUUAUUAUUUUUCCAAGUCUUUUCUGCACAGGCAAGGAAGGUCUUUCCUGAGCAGUAAUGUCAAGAGUUUAUUGGCCAUACUUUGAUCCUGAGUAUGAGAACCUGAGCACAAGAAUUAAUCCCCCAAGGGUCUCUGUGGACAACUCUAGCUGCAAUGAUUGUUCCCUAGUCAAGGUCGAUAGCGUCAAUAAGCCGGGAAUUCUGCUAGAAGUUGUGCAAGUACUGACAGACCUUGACCUCAUAAUCACUAAAGCCUAUAUCUCCUCUGAUGGUGGAUGGUUCAUGGACGUGUUUCACGUCACCGAUCAACAAGGAAAGCAGAUUACAGACAAAAGAACCAUCGAUCAUAUUGAAAAGGCUUUAGGACCAAAGGGGCAUACUACAGAAGUAGUGAAGACUUGGUCAGGAAAAAGAGUUGGAGUUCAUUCUGUUGGUGAUCACACAGUCAUUGAGCUAAUUGGAAGAGACCGUCCAGGUCUCUUAUCUGAGAUCUCUGCUGUUCUUGCUGACCUGCACUUUAAUGUACUUGCUGCUGAAGUAUGGACACACAACGAAAGAAUAGCAUGUGUUGUUUAUGUUAAUGACACUACAUCCCAACCUGUGGACAAUCCAACCAGAUUAUCAACUAUAGAAGAUAAACUCAAGAAUAUCUUACGCGGGUGUAAGGAUGAUAACAAUGUUGGUCAUACCAGUUUCUCUAUGGGGUUCACUCAUGUGGAUAGACGGCUCCACCAGAUGUUGUUUGCUGAUAGAGAUUAUGAGGUCAGUGGCCAUAGUGGUGGUAGAUUUUCAAAUGAGGUUGAUUUUCCUGUCUGUUUCCAACCCAAGAUCACCAUUGAGCGUUGGGAAGAAAAAGGAUACUCGGUGGUCAGCGUUCGGUGCAAAGAUCGCGCAAAACUAAUGUUUGACAUUGUAUGCACACUCACUGAUAUGGAGUAUGUUGUUUUCCAUGCCACCAUCUCGUCUGAUGUUCCAUAUGCAUCACAGGAGUACUAUAUUCGUCACAUGGAUGGUUGCACCCUUGAUACUGAAGGUGAGAAGGAAAGGGUAGUCAAAUGUAUUGAUGCUGCAAUUCGUAGACGAGUGAGCGAGGGGCUUAGGCUAGAGUUAUGUGCAAAGGAUAGGGUAGGCUUGCUAUCCGAAGUAACAAGGAUCCUGAGGGAGAAUGGCUUAUCAGUUUCAAGAGCAGGCGUCUCAACCAUUGGUGAACAAGCACUGAAUGUGUUCUAUGUUAGAGACUCUUCAGGCAACUCGGUGGAUAUUCAGAAAAUCGAAGCUCUUCGUGAGGAAAUUGGACACACUAUGAUGUUCAAUGUUAAGAAAGUUUCAACGAUUUCCAAAGCACCUGAGACUAGUGGAUGGGCCAAGACGAGCUUCUUCUUUGGUUACUUGAUAGAGAGGUUCUUGGCUUGACAAGAUUUCCAUGUAAGUGUACAAUGUACAAUGCAAAUGUACAGAAUAAUAAAUCUGUCCAGGGAGUAACCUGAACAGAGCAGUUUAUGUAUAAUAUGCAUGCUCGUCACUUGUAACUGUUGGACUUUCCACGACAUUCUCCUCUUUGUGUAUCCUACUUUGAGAUUGCAUGGCAUGAGGAUGAAAAUUGUUCAAAUUAGAAUAAUGUGAAAG